AUGUCAAAUUGGAAUUUUUUUAAUGAUUACCUUAAUUGGUUUAAUGGGACCACCGAAUCUACUACAUUUCAUAGUAGAAGUGGUAAAAAGGGUUCAAACAAAAGUGUAUCUACAAAUGCUACAUCUAUAAACCCUAAUAAAAAUGAUAUGAAUGAGCAUAGUAUCAAUCAACCUAAUAAUAGUCAACAUAAUAGUGAUGAAAUAAAGGCCUCUAAUGGUGUCUUUGAAAAAGAUGUAAGUAAAAUGAAAUGUGCCAAGAAAUACAAUCCAUUUAUUAAAAAAAAAGAAAAAACUAAUAAAGAAUAUAAUAAUAUAUAUAGUGAAAAGGAGGAUAAUAAAAGUGAAAUAAAAUGUGAAAGUGAUAUAAAAUGUGAAAAUGAAAAAAAAUGUGAAAGUGAAAAAAAAUGUGAAAGUGAAAUACAAAGUGAAAGUACAAAUACAAAUACAAAUACAAAUGCAAAUACAAAUAUAAUGUGCGAUAAAGGGAAUGAUAAGAAUAUGUCCAAAAAUAAAAAUAAAGAUAGUAAUUUUUUUAAUCAACUAGGGUUAUCUAACUGGUUACCUAAUUAUGAUAUACCAAUUUAUAACGAAUAUAAAAAGGGCUAUUAUUUAGAUAAAGAAGCUAAAGAAGUAUUAUCAAAAAAAGGUUCUAAAAAAAGUAAUGUUAUAAAAAUAGGAGGUGAUAGUAGCAAUAGUAAUAUGAACGAUUUUAAUGUUUCCGAUUGUUGUAAUACAUGUGUUGAUACAACUUAUUAUGAUGCUUUAAAUAUAAAACCGACAGCUAAAUUAAGUGAAAUAAAAACAAGUUAUUAUAAAUUAGCUUUAAAAUAUCAUCCAGAUAAAAAUUCUAAUGAUCCAGAAGCAAAAUUAAAAUUUCAAAAAAUAAAUGAAGCAUAUCAAGUAUUAAGUGAUGAUGAAAGAAGAAGACAAUAUAAUAAAUAUGGAUUAAAUGCAACUAAAGAUAUGAUAUUAAUUGAUCCUUCUAUUUUCUUUAUGAUGUUAUUUAGUUCAGAAGAAUUAAGUGAUUAUACAGGUACUUUGAGAAUAGCUUUUUUUGUUCAGCUAGCUUUUGAAGGAAAUAUGUCAAUUGAAGAUAAAAAAUCAUCAAAUCAUGUUAUGAUAAAUGAAAUGGAAGUAGAACAAAAAAUAAGAGAAGUUGAAUUGGCUCUAUUAUUAAGAAAUAGAUUACAACCAUAUGUAGAUGGAGAUAUUAAAUGGGAAGAACAAAUGGAAACUGAAAUUAAAGGAUUACUUGAAUCUUCAUUUUCAAGUUCGAUAUUAGAAUCCAUAGGAUGGACAUAUGAAAAUGUCGCAACAUCUUAUAUAGCAGAAGUAACUACAUUAUGGGGUGUUGGAGCGACUGUAGCAAAUAUUCAAGCAGCUGGAAGGACCAUUGGAAAUACAUUCAGUGCAGCUAAGUCUAUGUUUAAUACUGUAGUAACUAUAAAAGAUUUUUCAUUGAACAGUGAAAAAAUUAAUUCAAUAAAAGAAAAGAAAGAUAAUUUAAAAACUUCAUCCAAUGAUUCUUUGAAUAAUAAUAAUUCUUCUUCUUCAUAUAAAGGAUCCAAUGAAAAUAUAAAUUCUGAUAAUCAAGUGGAUCCUAAAAAUAAUAUUAUAAAUCCUAAUCUUAAUAUAAAUAAUCUGAAUGAAUCUAAUACAAAUGACAAUAAGGAAGAGGAAAAAAAAAACACACUUAUAGAUAAGGAAGAAAAUAAAGCAUUAGGAGUUAUUAUAAAAAAUGUUCUCACUUUAGUUUUAUGGGACAUUGAAUCCACAGUAAGACAAGCCACGGAUAAGGUUAUAAGAGAUGAAGGUGUCAACAUUGAAACACGAUUAAAACGAGCAGAAGGAAUGAAAAUUUUAGGGAAGCUAAUGCAAAAAUGGUCAAGAAUUAAAAAUGAUAAAUCUGAUACAACUGAUAUAGAUGCUACAAAAUUGUUAGAAAAAGCUAUAAUCAAAGCAUCGAAAAUACCAAACGAGGAAGAUCCAUCAGAUCAAGAUAUUAUAAAAAGAGAAUAUGUAUAG